CUCUUCCGCCUUCCGGACGCGGAGCGCCGGACCCGCAACGGCUGGAGCUGCGAGAGCUGCGGUGGCCGGCACGGCGGAAGCGAGGAGGACCGAAGGGGUCCCGGGCCCGGCUCCCGCGCCGGGGUGGAGCGCCAUGGACGAAGCAGGCAGCUGCGCGAGCGGCGGAGGCUUCCGCCCGGGCGUGGACAGCCUGGACGAGCCGCCCAACAGCCGCAUCUUCCUGGUGAUCAGCAAGUACACGCCGGAGUCGGUGCUGAGGGAGCGCUUCUCGCCCUUCGGGGAGAUCCAGGACAUCUGGGUGGUGCGGGACAAGCACACGAAGGAGUCCAAGGGCAUCGCCUUUGUCAAGUUCGCUCGCAGCUCGCAGGCCUGCAGGGCCAUGGAGGAGAUGCACGGCCAGUGCCUCAGCCCCAACGACACCAAGCCCAUCAAGGUUUUCAUCGCUCAGUCCAGAUCAUCUGGAAGUCACCGAGAUGUUGAAGAUGAAGAACUUACAAGAAUAUUUGUUAUGAUACCAAAGUCCUACACGGAAGAAGAUCUACGGGAAAAAUUUAAGGUGUAUGGAGAUAUCGAGUAUUGCAGCAUUAUUAAGAAUAAAGUCACCGGAGAAAGUAAAGGUUUGGGCUAUGUUCGAUACUUAAAACCAUCACAAGCUGCCCAAGCAAUAGAAAAUUGUGAUCGAAGUUUUAGGGCAAUCUUGGCUGAACCUAAAAAUAAAGCAUCUGAAUCCUCAGAACAAGAUUAUUAUAGUAACAUGAGGCAGGAGACUUUGGGACAUGAACCUAGAGUAAAUAUGUUUCCAUUUGAACAACAAUCUGAAUUUUCAAGUUUUGACAAGAAUGACAACAGAGGCCAGGAAGCUAUCUCCAAACGCCUGUCAGUUGUAUCAAGAGUUCCUUUCACUGAAGAGCAGCUUUUCAGCAUUUUUGAUAUAGUACCAGGAUUGGAAUAUUGUGAAGUUCAACGAGAUCCUUAUUCUAAUUAUGGUCAUGGAGUGGUUCAGUAUUUUAAUGUAGCAUCAGCUAUUUAUGCAAAAUACAAGUUACAUGGAUUUCAGUACCCCCCUGGGAAUCGGAUAGGUGUUUCCUUCAUUGAUGAUGGGAGUAAUGCAACAGAUCUCCUUAGAAAAAUGGCAACGCAGAUGGUAGCUGCACAGCUUGCAUCAAUGGUGUGGAAUAACCCAAGUCAGCAGCAAUUUCUGCAAUUUGGAGGAAGUUCUGGAUCACAGAUGCCUCAAAUCCAGACAGAUGUUGUACUUCCAUCAUGCAAAAAAAAAGCCCCUCCUGAAACUCCUGUGAAAGAAAGACUUUUUAUCGUGUUUAAUCCUCAUCCUUUACCUUUAGAUGUAUUAGAGGAUAUAUUCUGUCGUUUCGGUAACCUGAUCGAAGUUUACCUUGUGUCAGGAAAAAAUGUGGGGUAUGCCAAGUAUGCAGAUAGAAUAAGCGCUAAUGAUGCCAUUACCACUUUACAUGGAAAGAUCCUGAAUGGAGUCAGACUUAAAGUUAUGCUGGCGGAUUCCCCAAGAGAAGAAUCUAACAAACGACAAAGAACUUACUGAUUCUUGAGCAUUUUCCCUCCAGAAAUUCAGUACCUGCUUGCCUCAUCCUUCUGAGUAAGUUUGGUUUUGCUUAUUUGGGGGUAUCUGUGAUUAAGUAAGCAGAUAACGUUGGUUAUAUUGAAAUAAAGGAACAAUUCCUAACAUUUUAGGAGUACUAUAUACAACAGCUCUUUCCUUUCAGGUGAUAAUUUUCAUACUUGUGUUGUGUUCUUUCUACAGAACAAAGACUAAGUAAUGACAUAAUCCUCAGCUGACUGACUGAAAAUGUGACUGGACGCACUCCCUGUGGACAGUUGACAGCUUUUUUUUUUCAUAUACCUGAUAGUCUGUGCACAAAAUUGUUUUGUCUGGGGAACAGGAAUUGUUGACAUGUAUUUUUGAAUCCACACAUUAAUGCUAAAACUGAUAUGAUAGUUGUUUCUUAGAGCAAUAUGUUGUUAUGUGCAGCGGAAAUAAAGUUUUCUUUGCUUAACUAAA